UUUUUCUGAUUCUCCCUUAUGCUUAGGUCGCCUUUUCUGAAAAUUUCUUCUUUUGUUCGCUAGGCGACCAGAUGGGAUCCAAGAAGAACGCUUCUAAGAGGAUCGCAGGCAGCUCGUCUUCCCAACAAUCCAAGGGAAAAGAAGUGAUGACAGACUCCCCCAUUCCUGCCUUCGGGCCGGCCGUGGAACGGGAGCUCGAGGUGGCACCCGACGCUUUCUUCGAGGCCGAGAGGAUCGUCUCGAAGAUCACCGACCAGGGGAAAGUGAAUAAGAUAUUCCUUUCCCACAACAUCGAACUGGGGAGGGGCGCCCUCAUCGCCCGACCUCCCUUAGAAGGUGAGCUGCGCACCGCUCGACGAGGAAUUCGCGGCCUGGAGUGACGAACACUUCAAAGCUGGGGCUUUCCUCCCGCUGGAUCAGUACUUCACCGACUUCCUCAACUAUGUGAGGUUGGCCCCUUUCCAGCUCCCCCCCAACUCCUAUCGUUUGUUGGCUGGGCUGAGAUAUAUGUUCUUGAAACAGGAGUGGGAAGUCCCCACUCCGGCAGAUAUCCUAUACUUUUUCUGCCUCAAGGCCAGCCCGGAGCAGCGGGGGCGAGGCAACGGGUUCUACUACUUGACCCGGUUUCCAAAUACGGCUGCGGUCAUUGAGCUGCCCAACCACCCCAACGACUUCAAAGACCAGUUCUUCAUGUCCAAGGGGUUUCACAACUGCGACCUGCAUUACUUCAACCGUCCUCGUAAGUACUUUUCAUCCUUAGCUCGUAAGUUAAGUAUCCGUUAGCUUUCCCCCUUAUCCGUUUCUGACUUAGAUUAAUUUUGCAGCCAUUUUCGCGAGGAUAGACAAGUCCGUGAUCCUCGGGAGCCAGUACGAGACACUGGCGGGCUUGCCCCCCAGUGAAAAGGACUAUCGCCAGCUCGUGAGAGACGAGACGAUGCUGGCCUGCAAGCUGAUCUCCCCAGGCCAGACUUUGAACCUGAGGAGACCCCGGGUGCCUCCCCCAGCUCGCGAGAUGAGGCAUAUCCCCGAGGAGGAGGCCGCAGGGGAUGAGGAUGAGGAGGACGAAGAGGAUGAGGUGCCCCUCGUGAGGAGGAAGCGGGCACUGGAGGAAGCCCAAAGAACGGGCGAGGAGAGGAUCCGGUCCGAAGCAGCUACAGAUCCCUCUGGCCAAGGUAACCCAUAUAUGUUUAGGAACUUAGAUAGGGCCACUGCAGAUCCCCGGCUAGCUAGGUUCAAUCCCAAACAUCUCGUCCAACGCCAUCGAAAUGACCCAGACUUUGACGUAACCCUGCUCCACUGUGUCGACCGGCUCGUGUUGGAUUACCAAAGUAGCCGGCCUAGGGGUACCAUAGUUGUAGACAACACCCUAGCCUUUAGGUUGGUCCAAUUCGAGGAGUAUGGGACCAACCUUCGGUCAUGGCCAUCACUCCGGGAGGGUGUCAUAGCUCCGGGUCUUAGGCAAUACGUAGAAGAGUCUAGUCCUGAGCUAGCCUCGGAUCCAGAACCCGCGCCAGCUCGAGAAGUAAUUGUCUUAGAUUCCCCCGCAGAAGCUCCGGGGCCGAUGGUCGUGACCAUAGAUUCCUCUUCUAGCUCGGGGGAUAGGAUUCCUUUUAGUAUAUAUAUAUAUACGUGAGUUUCGCUCUUUUCCCCUUUGUUUUUGUUUUUGCAUGACUGCUUACUGAUAUAUUGAUGUUGUCUUUGUUUUGCCAGAGGAGAUGUCUCAGCUCGGGGAAAAGAUCUGCGAGCUAUGUUCACCGGAGGGAACUCCUCAGCUGGGGCCUCUGGGCCCAAAAUGAAGAAGCUCCGGGUGGCGAAGAAAGCCACUGGGACCCUAACCAAGUCCCCGCAAAGGGGAAAGAGCAGACCCCAGCUGCCCAGGCCAAGAAAACUGCACCUCUUGCUGUAGUGGGGAACAUGCCCCCACCCCCUCCGCGAGCUCUGGCCUUUGUCCGGGACACAGGGGCGGAGCUCGGGACCUCGGCAACUGCGGCCCCCUAGGUGCGUAUCCCGGUGGACCCCCAGGCCUUGGAGAAGAUUCCAGAUGUCUUUCGGGGGAUGGUGUAUGAGACGGCGAGCUACGUCGUCGACCACUUCUACCGCUUCACUGAGAGAGAGCUCGGGCCAUCGAAACAAGGAGCCCGGAUGGUGUGAUGGAAUCUUCAUUGGGCAUGGCCCUAACGAGUGUCUUGGCCCUUCACCGGAGCAUAGCCAGGUCCAGGGCCCAGCUCGAGGAUAUGAGGGGCGAGCAUCAGGUGGUUUUGGCCGCCCAUCAAACUUGCAGACGGGCCAACAGAAGGAAAAAGAAGCCAAGGAUGCUCUGGCGGCCGUACGGGCCGAGCUGGAAGAAGCCCGUCCCAAGCUUCAAGAGGCCGAGGCCACCAAGGCCGCCCUUGCUGCCGCACUGGCCGAGCUAGACUCGGCGAAGGCUGGGGCCGAGGAAGCUAAGGCCGCCUUGGAAACGGAGAAGGCAGCCUCCAGCACCGCCAUGAAGGACAUGCUCUACCACUGCUGGGCCUAUAACCCGGAUGGCGACUUCUCCUUCUUAGGAGCGAACGGGGAGGUAUUCCUGGAAGGGUUCAAAGCUCGCCUCCAGCAAGAGGCACCCGCCGUGGCCGAGUAGGAGGGCGAGACAACGACCUCCUCGGGGCAGCCUGGUGGAGCAUAGGGCCUUUCUUUUUCGCACCCUUUCCUUAAAUAUUCUCUUUUUUUUUUGUGUAACUUUGCGUGAGGUUUUUCUGCCUCGAGACAAUUGGU